ACCUGAGAUGUAUUACCUCUUACAGCAGAAAUAGAUUGCUAUAGAGAGAGAUAUGGAAGAAACGCAAAGAGAGACAAACUGGUGUGACGAAGAUGAUCAACAAGCUGAAGCGAGUAUCUGGAAAUACAUCUUCGGAUUCACAGAAAUGUCUGUAGUCAAGUGUGCCAUUGAGCUUGGGAUAGCUGAUGCCAUUGAAAGCCAUGGCAGCCCGAUGACGCUAUCUGAGUUGUCAUCAGCUCUAACAUGCGCUCCGUCCCCCCUCUACCGCAUAAUGAGGUUUCUAAUGCACCGCGGAAUAUUCAAAGAGGAACUCAACACCCAUGGCUCCCCAUGUUAUGCACAAACGAGUUUGUCUCGCCGUCUGGUGAGAUAUGGAGAACACAGCAUGGCUGCUUUCUUUAUGCUAAAUAGCAGCCCACUGGUGAUGGCAUCAUUGCAUCGUCUCAGUGCCCGUGUUCUAGCCAAUGAGAGUACUUCACCAUUUGAGGUGGCUCAUGGUGAAGAUGCAUGGAGCUUUUUAGCAGCCAAUCCUGCUCAUAGUCAUCUCGUCAAUGAAGCAAUGGCUUCUGACGCCAGGGUGGCCGUGCCUGCAAUAAUUCACGGUUGUCCGGAGGUGUUUGAUGGGCUUGGCAGUUUGGUGGAUGUGGGUGGGGGCAAUGGAACAACUUUGCACAUGUUGGUGCAGGCAUUCCCAUGGCUUCAAGGCAUCAACUUUGAUCUUCCUCAUGUUGUCUCUGAAGCCCUGGAAUUCCACGGAGUUGAACAUGUUGGGGGUGACAUGUUUGAAAGUGUUCCAAAGGCUGAUGCGGCUUUCUUAAUGUGGAUUCUGCAUGAUUGGGGAGACGACGAGUGCAUCCAAAUCCUUAAGAACUGCAGAAAAGCAAUUUCAGAAAACAAAGGAAAGGUAAUAAUUGUUGAGGCUGUGAUUGAAGAAGCGAAAAUGGACAAGCUAAGUGAUGCGAGGUUGGCGCUAGACAUGGCGAUGAUGGCUCAUACAAAUGCGGGCAAAGAAAGGACCUUCAAGGAGUGGGAAUUUCUUCUUAUGAAGGCUGGAUUUACAAGAUACACCGUCAAAUCUAUUCGUGCUGUGCAAUCUGUUAUUGAGGCAUUUCCCUAAGUUAUAUAUGUACAACUUAAAGGAACGAUGUAUUAUUUUUCUUUUUGUAAUAAUGGCAACUACGUACGUAUUACAAGGAGGGCCAGCUCAAUUAAGAUGUUUGGUUGCCUAGAAAAUAAAAACAUAUUUGGUUUGGUUAAAUUAAUGCCUUGAGAAAAUGAUCA